UUGACGUUGCUCGCAUGCCGAUCACAACUCUAUAAAGAAAUCAUUGAACCAUUGAUCAUUAUUUCGGAAUCCUUUCGUUCCGCAUCCAAGAAACAGCUCGCAUCCGAAACAUGCGUUCAACCUCACUCGUUUUCACCUUGGCCACCGCAAUCACUGCAUCAGCGCCUGACAAUUCUCCCCAUCACAAUAAUCUGCAACCGAGGCAGAUAGCGGGAGAUGCAGAAUCAGGAGAUUGCUCAGGAUAUGCGUUGAAUCGAGGGACUUGGGCUGAGCUGGGAAUCGACAACUAUCUUUUGCAUUACCCUGGCGGGCAAAACCUCACACUCUUUGAUUACACUCGCUCAUUAAACGUCUUGAAUUUCGACUGUGGAGUCGGUAGAAUGUGCUUGGCUGGACAGCUUUGUCAUCCUGUGCGCGGUCGGGAUUGGGUGGUCUUAUCCGCCGUACAAGAGUGGAACUUUUACAUCAAUUCUAUGUAUGAUGCUAUUGCUACUGCCAUGGGUAUGGUCCAAGGCACCUCCGCCUCAAUGGUAGCCGACCUUUUGCCCGAGGGUGACGACAAGAAAAAUCUGAUCAACCUGACGAUUGGCCUUGUAUCUUUGAGUGGAGUGAUCCUACUCGCAUUCACCGCCACGCUCAUCGUCCCCAUACUGUGGAGAUUACUUGUUACGAUCUGGAACGCCGCCGGAAUCGCUUUGUCGUCGGUCGGUACCGCCGUAGCGGGUACUUGGGCGUACCUCACUACAUCCGGAGCAGAACUCGCUGCAGCAGAGACAUCCGAGGUCGCGGCUACUGCUGCCACCACCGCUGCAACAAGAGAAGGUGAAGAGGCUGCAGUGGCGGCGUCGUUGAAAACAACAGACGAAGCUUUGGUGAAGGGCGCAGCAACAGGGCAAGUUACUUGAAACUCUUUUGCUUCGCCAUCACUUCCGCUGAAUUGUCUUGUCUUUCCACCUUUGUAGGGGACUACAAAAGCGUAGUCCGA